AUGUCUGCCCCCUCUCUGCCACCUGAUUCUUCUCCAACUGAAGAUUCUGAAGAAGUACUUCUGAAGGCUGCUAGACAUGGCCACUCCAAAGGAAAUCAUGGGUGGACACCACUCCUUCUGGCAUCAUAUUUUGGCCAUUACAAUGCUGCAGAGAUAUUAUUGACUCAGGGAGCAGAUGUCAACAUAUGCAUUCCCACUGGAGAUACAGCUCUGCACAAAGCUGCUUUAAUAAAUAGGCUGGAUAUAGUUCAGCUUUUGCUGAGACAUGGGGCAGAUGUGAACUUGUUGAAUGGUGAAGGAAAGCAAGCUCGAGAUUUGGCUCAGGGAGAUGAUGUGAGGCGAUUGCUCAAUAGUGUGGAGCAACAGGAAGUGAAAGCCAAGGAGAGCCUCUUCCUGGAUGCUGCUCGUGAUGGAGACAUUGAUGAUAUGAAGAAGUAUCUCCUUGAUGACAAGAAGCCAGUGAAUGUGAAUUGUCAGGAUGACUUGGGGAACACAGCACUGCAUUGCUCUGCUUUCCGGUCCCUGAAACAAGUUGCCAUUUUCCUUUUGGAACAUGGCAUCGAUCCUUCUAUUCGCAAUAAUGCUGGCCUGACAGCAUGGGACCUCUCUCAAUCUGCAUCCAUCCGAAGCCUUUUGAAUGUGACUCCUGUAAGACAGUUUCAACAAGAAGCGUUCCGCUGUGAGGGACCUUUGCUGAAGAGAGCCCGCCUAUUUGGCUGGAGGCAUACUUGGGUUGUUCUGGAAAGAGGGGUCUUGAGCUAUUAUCCCACAAAACGUGACGCUCGUGCUCGAGCAAAGAGAAGAGAUUACAAGCACUUGGCAGAUUCACGUAUUGUGGAGGAUGGAAGGGAUCCAAGUUUGAUGGAGCUAUACUUUUCUGACGUUCAAAACUUCUUGCAGAAAUGGAUGUUGGCCCUCAGAGAGCAUGCAGAUUACAGCAAGAGUCAGCUUCUGGAGGCAACUGUGGAUGACAGUGAUGAUGAGAUGGCAAAGCUUCCCUUUCGCUCUUUGUCAACCAUCAAAGACUCCUUCCAGUCUGCAAAGACAUAUGUGCAUCUGUUUGAAGAUGGUGUUUCAAAACUACAUGCUGAUUUCUCAUCUCUUGUUUCCCCAAUGCAAGUUGAAGCCAGUCUCCCUUUUGUCCAGAGGAUGGAACAGCUGGAAGGAACAGCCAGGGAGACACUCCAGAGCCUACGUCAUUGUCUUUCUUUGUUUGAACAGCAAGAGGAGGUUCGCAACAGGAACCUUAGACAGGAACAAGAGAAAACUCGUGUAUUGGAAGAGGCCCUCCAGGUUCUGGCCAAGGAACACUAUGAAUUGGAAGUGUCAUUAGCCUCUGGAUUUGUACGACAGCCACGGUUCUAUGAUGCUAUUGAUGAUGAUUUCUAUGAUCCUACCUCUGAUCCCAUUGAUGAAGAGUCCAUGUCGGUCUGCUCCUCCCAAUAUAUCACUCCAUAUGCUUCAAUGUCAGACCUCUAUGCAGCUGUCUCUGAUCCUGGCCUCAUGUACAGAAGACUAUCACAUAUUUCUGAAGGGAGUCAUGCAAAUUUGAACUUGCUGGUGAAGCAGAAUGUUUCAGAACCCUGCUGCUCCACCUUGAAAACAAGUGUCCUUGGAGGAGGAAAUCUAACUUCAGCAUCAAUUGGUGUUGAAGAUUCCAGUCUUAUAGGUAGCCCUCAUGGUAAUCCUAGCUUGGAAGACCUUGAUUCUGCUGAGAGCCAUGGGUGCACUAGGGGGAAAAACUCAGGAGGUGAAGAGAAGCAAAAGAUGAGAGAUGGUGCUGGUUCAGACAAAGAUCAGAUCACUGAGAAAACCAAGUUGGAGAACCCAUCAGUAAUGGAGCAUCAAAAGUCAGCACUGAAAUAUUUACCCUCAACACCUGCCUCAUCAAUUUCCUUGUUGCUGAAGAAUUCUUCUUCCAAAAGGACAUCAAGCAGUGGUGCAGCAUCCAGUCAACAUAGAACUACAUCACCAGGGUCUUUGAGGCAUGAAGCUGAAGCACCACCUCCUCCCUGUUCCAGCAAAACUUCAAAAAACUGUUGUAUAUCUGCACCUGAAUUGAGGCCUUUGUCUCCCAGUGAAGGUGAAGCUGCACCUAGUGCUGGCAGUCUUCCAAAACUUCCUACAAAUCCACCUCUUGCUACUGCUCAGAUGAAGCCUCAGACCCCUCCUCAGCCUGAAGACCAGGAACUGAAGCCAUCAAGCCCAGUUCCAACUCCAAUGACAGCUUCUACUUCUGUUUCUCCAUCCAGGUCUCCAGUGCCACAAAAUUUUCCUCCUGCCACAUUUCACUCAUCACCAGUUCAGAUGCUACCACCUGGAUCAUUCAGGACAAUCAAAGAAAAAGUCGUGGAAGUCCAUCCUCAUCGGAAGUCUUCAAUUGUUGAAGGAACUAGCAGGCGAGUUAAUGUGCUUCCAGAUGGUACCAUUGUCCCUGCACAUUCACCAGCCUACUUCAAAUUCAGGUUGGUUUAG